AUGUGUAGAGCCCAAUUGAUUCCCGUUCUUUUUUGUACAGGCGAUGUAAAGAAACCAACACCGUAUGAGUGUAAAGACACCCUCUCCCAAAGUCUAUGCAGACACUACUCGUCAGGAUGCACUGUGAAGGGGGACCAAAUCAAAUGGGCUAUCAAGUAUUGCCCCAGGACCUGUCAACUGUGUGCGGACCCUCCCACCUGUCGGGACAACUACGCCACUCAAUGCCGCAGUGGAAUAACAGGGUAUGGCUGUACUGACGGAGAAUGGGGAAGCACCAACUGCCGUUUUACCUGCGGCCUUUGUGGAAAUGAGUGCAUAGACAGGGUAUCAUCGUGCAGUUCUCGACCAAAGGAAAUGUGUCAGGGAUUUUACGAAGAAUGGGCGAGGAACAACUGUGCUUUGUCAUGUGGAUUUUGCAACUCUACCUUGACACUGACACCAACGAAACCGCCGACCCCAUUGCCGGUUGGGAAAUGAGGAUCAGAGACAUGUGGAUUGUUCCUGUAUCACCUAAUUUUUGGUUAAAAAGUAAUUGAGCCUCAAAUGUUUUGUCUGAUUUGAGAAAAAUAUAAAUCAUGCAUGAUUGUCCAAA